AUGGAGAAGAUUGCAUCCGUCGCGCGCGCGAGCGGGAGUCAGUUGACGGAGGCGCAGGUACGAAAAGCGAGAAUUUUUUUUUUUUUUUUUUUUUUUUUGAAUUCGACUGAUCGUGAUGAUGAAACGUUUUACUCUUACCUCUUUAUAAACAACGCUUUAAACAAACGACAACAGGAAUCCUUCGUUCGCAAACGCGUCAUGUACGAAGGCGCUUUACAAGAGCUGGAACACAUCGGACCGAGGCUUUUAGACGCGAUGGAGAGAGAGAUAGCAGUCUCCGUGGCAAAUGCGAUGGAAGAAAAGAGGAUGAAGGACAACGACGACGGCGGCGGCGGCGGUGUCGUUGUUGGAGGAGGAGGUGGAGAGGAGAAGACGGGGAGAUCCCCGGUGAUGGCAAGCAGCGCAUCGCCAAAGUCGCCGCCGCGUUUGCCGUUGAAGUUUGGGAGGACGGAGGAAGGGGUGAUGUUGUCGCCGCCUUUACCGCCGACGCCGCCUUCGGCGUCGAUUGUAGCCGCCGCCGCGAGGAUGAAAAGAGAUGGUAAGAAAUACGAUUCCGAAGAUUUGAAGAGAUUGGUAUCGUUACUGUACUUUGCGAGACUAUUUGACGUAAAAGACGCGUCGUCGGUGGAAAUCGAGCACGCGAGAGUGAUUCAACGAGACGCAUGCAUUGCAAAACACAUAUCGUCGUACACGGGCGCCCCUGGAUCGCGACCGUUAACUGGUGAAGAUUUGGACGCAGUCGUUAUCGCUGGACGAGCGGUGGUGUGUCAAAGGCGCGACGUUAUGCAACACGGCGCUUGCAUCGCGAUGAACACGAAAGCGGCGAAACUGUUCUUGCGGAAGAAGGAAAGAAAGGCAACGUCUGGUGCGGAUUUGGUGUUGGUAAAGCAACAGCAAGGUGACGGCUCGUCCGUGGAAAGGAUGAGCACGUCAUCCAGAGACGAGGGUAAUUUUUUCGAACGUAUGCUGAAUAUGGGAUCAUCCAGCGGCGCGGUGGUCGCAACAAACGCCGUCGUUUCGUCGGGAGGAGAGCAUCACCAUCACCACCACAACCAACAACAGAGCGCAAAAGUAACGAGAGAAGAGAUGGACGCAAUCGAACGCGCGCGAGAUGUCAUGGAUAUCAUCAUGGCCAUGGCACCGACAGAACUUUCAGAAUCCUCCGAGACGUCAUCCAAAGAAGACGAAGACGAAGAGGAAGGCGAUGAAGAAAAAGAAGAAGGGAUGAAGGAGGAGGUUGGAUUAUUAGGGGUUUCCUCGCGCGAGCUCAGAGAGGCGGAACAAAGUUUCUCGAAAGUAAGCAUCCAACACAACACUAACCACAACAACGCUAACAGAAGAAGAGAAGAUAUCGAAGGUGGAAGAAGAGACAAGAGAAGAAACGCGACGAGAGACGCGUCGCGAAAGUUCCCGAAGCGUAAAUCAGAAAAUAUGUCGUCGCACGCGACGGCGUUCGAGGAAGGCGCUGGAGCGUCCGAGGAUAGAUCGAUGUCGUCGCAACCUCAGUCGCCGUCCACGCCUUUACAGCAAAUUGACGAUAAAACAAAGACUACUUCCUCGCCAAAGCGAUUCAAGAGAAAAGGAGGCGGAAUUAGAGGAGGUAGAAGAGAGCGAGAGCGGAAAGAACUGGCCCAAGCUCGAUUGCGAGAGAGAGAGGAAGCGCAAGCGCGGGCAGAAAUAGACAGGUAA